AUGGGCUGCGCGUGUAUUAAAGCAAAAAUGGGCAGAGGUAAGUGGGUCGUAAGUGUAUGUGUAUUAAAGUUGUUAACCAUUUGACGCUGUUUGCUUAGUUAUUUUAAAAUGCUGUUGAGCUCAGGUCUAAUUUAGGUAACAAUAGCCCAACGUACUUUGUCGAAAUAUGGCAAAAUUCGCAAGUAGAUAUUGGAAUAUAGGUUCAGGACAUGUUUUUUUUAAAUUCGCGCCAAUAUUUUGCUUCAUACAAGACAUUUUCAGUCAUAGAGCUGAUUGCUGUAUCAAAUAUGAACUGUAAUACAUUAUUCAGACUAUUUGUUGGGUUUAGUAAGGGUUACACAGAAAUGUUGACACUUCUCACUUACAGGAACUACGCUAUACAUCUAGAUAUCAGACUAUCAAAAAUACUUAUUUCAUUACCACCAAAUACAUGCAAGACUACCAUAUAUAAUGGCAGAAUUGACAAUGUUUUUUCAUUCUGGUAACUGCCAGUUUACCGACACUAUCUGCUGACUGCUGCGUGAUAAUGUUUAGCGAAUUCCGCCUAAACUAGUGAAGUAGUUCUCAAAGCGGUCAAUUGGGGUAUCGCAUGCAUCAGUAAUUCUAAUUCCUGUCACAAGAAUCAAGCUUCUGGCUCCGCUUCUGGUCAUAUCAGUGUAAAGUUCUCGUGACUGCAAAACUUCCGUAAAACAGCAAGACAAAAGUAUACAUAGAAUCCAAUAUUUUACGAAAAGAACCUUUCUCUUGGAAUGGCAGUAAACUAGAACUGUAUUUCGACGGCUUUCAUAUUUAGCCAGAACUCGUGUAAGACGAAAGGAAACUCCUAUUAAGGAAAAAUUGCCCAUCUGGACGGGGUGUCGACAUUUCAAACAUUAACCAUCAUUUUCUGUCUUGUAACUCUCACAGAAACUCACCAAUAUCGCAAAAUACAGGAGCAGAUCUACCGUGGGGUGUCUAGCACCCCCCCCCCCCCCUAGAGAAGUCCAGCACCACCCUAAAAAAUCUGCUUGACCAUACAUUUUCUGCUUUACGAAAAGCGAUUAGCGGAACUUCUACCGUUAGCACGUGUCGAUUUCUUGAAACGAUUUAAUCCAAUUUGUGAGCUCACGAGAAAAUACUCAGAAUCAUAUUUUAGUUUGAAAUAUCAUGGUUAAAUAUGUAAACAUGUCGAACCGAUUAUGCACCAUAUUUUCAAACAUUCUGUAGUUUAACAAGCAGAUUUACUCUACUGUGCUACAGCAACUGUCCAGUCCGUCCUUGAGAAACUUUAUAAGCAAAAGAUGAUGUAAAACGUAACACAACGGCGAACAUGCAGAUUCGGCCAUCUCAAAUAAUGGUACUGUUGGAUAUAAACGUUGCAGACUGCAGAGUGGGCAGUAAGGCUCCCUCAUGCACCACCCCAUGGGAACCUACACCCUCCUUGAAGAUGAGGUUAGAUCAGCCUUUACAAUCUAUAAUUUCCUGUUCUUAUUUUGUGUCACUGUAGUAAGGCCUCUGCCAGUUCGAAUGGACGUAGGAGGUCGAAACGAGGCCGCAAGAAGAAGACAAUCAAUUGCUCUAGAGAAGCAACGAACUUACAGUACCGUCGAAAAUCACAUCAACCAUGUGAAACAUCACAAGGACAGAGAAGAGAGCUCAAAAUGCGAGAAUGACGUCAUAACAGAGGAACACGCGGGGGGCAUUCAGGUUGAUAUCGAGGGACAACAAAGAGGAAGAAGGGAUGUUGAGGAUAACGCUUCACAAUCCUGUUGUCAGGCAGACGAGCAGAGUUUAACUUCGGAACAUGCUUAG